AUGACUGAAGAUGAAAAUAAUGGUCGCGUGGCAGAGAGGUUGGCUAGACAGGCGGCAUGCUGUUACUAUGGCUACUCCAGCGUCAUUCAAAUUCCAUCUGCGAGGUCGGUUGUCUCGGCGACCUCACCACGCAAUCGACCCUUCCACUUCCACACAACAUCUCACCCUUCUCAAGUUGGCAGCAAGGCUAAGCAACGCAGAGGGCGCCCUAGGAGUGAAGCGUCCGCGGACAAGAAGAAACAGAGGAUUCAGCAAGUGACAACCCUUAACAUCCCGUCCACGGAAGGGCUUCUCAAGACCAUGGACUCCUCGCACAGCGGACUUUUUAUUCUAUCUACACUUGCUGAGAAGCUUGACAGCUCGGAAAAACAAUACUACGACCAAUCCCAAGCCCUCUUCUACCCUAAUGAUAUCAGUGGACUUCUAAAUCAAACCCAUAUUCGUCAAGCCAACGCAACUCUCAAUUAUGGUUCCAUCAUAGGUAAUGCUCAACCCGCUGAAGGGUCUGUACCUUCUCGUAAUGACCGCGCCACUACUCCCUCAAGUCCCAUCAAGGCAACUUCACCAUCUAGUAUGGUCGUGCCCCAAACCUCAUCAGAAAGCUCGCCAAUCUCACAUUUCAACAGUCAACCUGGCAGUCCGACGUCGGCAGAAUCGCAACCGAUGGCGGUGUCGCCUUUGAACGGGGCAAUGAUGCCCGGUGGUCAUUCGUGCCCUGAGUGUGGUAAGAGCUACAGCACUUCGAGUAACCUGGCCAGGCAUAGACAGACACACAGAAGCGUUACAGACCAGAAGGCAAGGAAGUGUCCACACUGUGACAAGGUCUACGUCUCAAUGCCUGCACUCAGUAUGCACAUUAGGACACACAAGCUUGGAUGUAAAUGCCACAUUUGUGGAAAGUGUUUCAGCCGUCCUUGGCUUCUUCAAGGUCAUAUCCGUACCCAUACAGGAGAGCGUCCUUUCUCCUGUCCACAGUGUGGUAAAGCCUUCGCUGACAAAUCAAACCUGCGCGCGCACAUUCAGACACACUCCACCGUAAAACCGUACGUCUGUCAAAAGUGCAACAAGGCUUUCGCGCUCAAAAGCUAUCUCUACAAACAUGUCGAGUCUGCGUGCUACAGGACCACUUAGAGAACUAUUUUAAAACACUUCUUGAUCGUCCGUCUAUUUAUGGAAUAUCUUAUGUAUGUUUAUUUAUUGAUGAUGCAAGUAUGCUUCUUGUGGACGUAGGAGUUUCAACGAUAAUUUUUUUUUUUCAAUCAGUUAUCAUUUUGUUGCAUAUUGCUCUUUGAUGACAAUCUUGUUGCGUUACGGGAGCAGAAUUUUAUAAAUCGUUUUCAAUAUUCAGUGCCUUAUGAAUUACAUCGCCUUAAGAAGUGCCUUCAAAUAACUUAAAGAUCACCAAAUUACGCCUUAUAAAUCAUACUUUAUAGUUAACCUUGACUUAUAGCCUUAACAGUAUCAAUGUACUCGCAACUGAUUUAUACAAUGUAGCCUUAAAUUGAGCGAUAAGCUUAUUUAUAAUUAUAGAUAUCACUUUCUUUCAAAUCUGUAUGAUAAAUAAGGAACACAAACUAAAAAUAUUUAGCUACGUGAAAAUGAAAAAAAAAUCGAUGUAAAAGUUUGCAUUUAUGAAUCCAAGAUUAAAAGAAAAUCAUGUAUGCUGAAGAAUGAAACUUAGAUAAAGAUGCCGCCACAAUCGGAUUUUCAUUAUUGCUUGAUUUAACAAUUCUGUUUUCAUUAUAUGAAUGAUUUAAUGUCCUCCUAUCAUGAACUCUUAUCUCUUUAUCAACGCCUUUAAAAAAAUAUUUAGGGCCAGUUCUGUGCUUUCAAUUUCCUUUUUUUAAUAAGAAUCAUUCUCUGAAUAGGUUAUGAGACAAUCCUUGGAAUAUAUAACGGUUUUUUUUUUACCUAACAUGCCUAAAGAAUGCAAUUUCGUAUUACGUAUCAGCUUAUGGCCUUGUUAAUAGACUUCCUUCCCAAAAAUGCGUAUUUUUUUUUUUACAUUAUUACAUUAAUGUUAUAUGUUAAACCGUUGAUAUGUUUUUAUUUUAAUUUUUAAUAAGUCAUUUCCAUUAAUUCAGUGACGUUCCUAUUCAUGAGUAACUUUCCUUUGCAAGAAUAUAUUUUUUGCAAUUAACUACUGAGCUCUUUUGUACAGAUUUCCUUUGUAAAUAUAUAUAUACCUAUUUAUAACGAUGUGGUAAACAGUACAUGAUAAUAAUAAAUGAUUGUUGUAAAUAUAUAAGACUUAUACAAUACGAGAUAGAAUAGAUUGUGAUUUAUUUGAAUGUGAGGAAUUUACGCAAUAUCUUAUUGUGGGUGUAGUAUAUAUUAUUUUUAAUGUAAAUCUUCAAUGUUGUUGCAUAAUAUUGUCUGAUUUACAGCGAUAAGUGCCAACAUGUAACUUGCCGGCAAAGGUGCCUUAUUUUGUAAAUUCGUUUUGUAGAUUAGUUUUUGAAUAAUGUACAGAUUUUAUGUAUUGAAAACGUGAUAGCUUUUUAAAUGAUAUAUUUUUGGUAUGUUUAACGUUGCAGUUACAACUAAAUACCAACUCUAUAGUCCAAUCGAUGAUAUGCCAUUGAAAAUAACGUUGUAGUUCUCAUCAGGCUAGAAUCAGUACGAUUCAACGUAAAUUUCCAUUGAUGCCAAGUGCCAAUGGGGCAAGCGAAGACACUUCAAAAGAUCACAAAAUAAUUUCGAACAACAUGAAGGAAAAGACGAUUUUCAUGAAGACUUGUUGCAAUAUAAAAUCCACAAUUACUACAACAAGUUUUACUCAAAGCCAAAUGAAAGACAAAGAAAUGUCUAUUUCAAUUGAGUUGAAUCCAAUUGAACGCUUUCAGUAGCUUUAAUCUGUUGUUGCAAAUUUGUUAUCCUUAAAAGUUUUAUGACAUUGUUCCCAUGGUCUUGUUGCAAAAAAGGUUACUAUUAAGUUAACUUCAAUAGCAAUUUCUAUGGCAACACGGCUCAACAUCCAAUCAAACAUGUCGAAAUGAAUGAUGUCAAAGUUACCGUAGUAAUGAUUUUCAUGCAACGAGCUCCAGCACAAAUCGACUGAAAUUCUUUUGUUAUUAAAUUUGUAUUUUUACCUUGUAUUACCUUCUGUAAACAUGGUGAAAACACUUGGUGCAUAUCCAGUUACUAGACAAACCAAAAUUGUAAUUAACAGGUCAGUUGAUAAAUAACGGGUAUGAUUUUUUUUCAUUUAAGCAGGCAAAAUUCAUAAAACGAAACCGAAGAGUAUAACGGCAUUGGUUAGAAUCCAAUAUUAACUGUAAGUAUUUCAAUUGAACUUUGUAAAUCUGAAUUUAUCGUUCCUAAACUAUUGUGAGAUCGAUAAACGUGACAGAGUGAGAGUGUGUUUAUUUAUAUACAGUAUGUAAAGAACGACUAAGCUUUAAUUUGUUGAUAUUGAUUUUGUUGAUACGUGAUUUUCUAUGUGAAAUAAAAGAUAGAACUAUGAUACAUG